UCUAGUAGUAUAGAAGUAGAAAAGAAAUUUCCGUCAACUUCCUAAACAAAAUCGUCGAUGACUUACAGUCGAGCCUUCAACAGAUCUCGCAACUCCUCAAGCCUUAUCUCAUGGAUUCCCACUGGUAAGAUGCAGAAAACAGUAGCUAACUGUAUAGAACUCACCGGAAUCGGUCUCCACUCCGGCAAGAUUUCUUCCGUCAGAAUCUUGCCGGAGAUAGCUGGCAAGGGUAGGUACUUCAAAUUCGGUUCAAAUGUCAUUCGCGCAUCUACUGAUUACGCCAAUGAGUCUCCACUCUGCACGACACUUUGCAAAUAUGGGCACUCUAUUAGUACCGUUGAGCACUUACUUUCCGCUUUGGAGGCCACCGGUGUCGAUAAUUGCCGUCUCGAAAUCGAAAGCUCUCAUCCUCAGGAUUCAUCCUAUGAGGUUCCUAUUCUGGACGGAUCAGCAAGAGAAUGGGUGGACGCAAUUGAAGAAGCUGGGCUGAAGGAAGCAUUAGAUCGUAGUGGUAAAAGCUGUGAGAAAUUAGCUCCUGUUCUUAGAGAACCUGUUACUGUAUGGAAAAAUGAUUCUUUUAUUGCUGCAUUCCCUUAUUCAAAGAUCAAGAUUACCUAUGGCAUCGACUUUCCACAGGCCCCUGAAAUUGGCUGUCAGUGGUUCUCUUCAACCUACCUGGAUAAAGAUUUCUUUACCAAAGAACUAGCUUCUGCAAGAACCUUUUGCAUUUAUGAACAGGUUGAACAACUACGCGAAUCAGGAGUUAUCAAGGGGGGUUCUGCCAAAAAUGCCAUUGUUUGUAGUGAGAGUAGAGGCUGGCUGAAUCCACCACUGCGUUUUAGUGAUGAACCUUGCAGACACAAGGUUUUAGAUCUUAUAGGUGAUCUUUCUCUUUUGGCGCAUGGUGGUAACCAAGGGCUUCCAGUCGCACACAUUAUUGUUUAUAAGCCUUGUUCGCACAUCUGCUAUAUACGGAGCUUUCAGACCUGGCUGAACUUUCUUUAUUGGCAUGGGGAACUUUCUGAUGUUACUGUUUACUAUUACACAGUAUGCUGCCUGCUUUAGCAUAGGUUCUUAGUUCUGCUUGUGGGAAGAAAAGGUGGAAAGGAAACUUAACUAAAUUCUAUUCAAACUUUUCCCAUAUCUAAUUUUAACAAUGCAUGUGCUGUAUCUGGUCCUGAACCUCAUUGUUGCGGCAUCAUAAACUUGGUUACCUUCUGGUCAUAGUCAUAGCAAUGUAGUUUCCUUCAAAGUUCUAGGAUACCGUGAGCAUCUACAUGGAGAAACUGUCUGGUCCCUAUGCUUUUGGUAGAGUUCAAAUUUCGAAUUUUCAACUUUUCUAUUCUUUUCUUUUUUCACUUAGUGUUUGCGGAAAAAUUGCUACUCCAUUCGUAAUUAGCGAGAAAGUUGAAAAUGUUUCUGUGCAUGUCUUCAUAAAAUCGUUGAUGAGCUUUAUUAUACAUAUUUGCACAAAAGAAGUUGAUUGGCAAUAGAAGCGCAAACCUUCAUUAUUGAUAGAGGGCAAUAGUCAAGCCAUGAUGCCCCUGACAUAUCGUGACAGAGACAUGGACAUAAUUUGGUGACUGUUUCUGGAGAAAACGAGGCAUGAAGAAUAUGAUAUGAUGAUGUAUUUCGAGAUACCCGAUAAAGAUAUUCAAGAGACAAUUAAGAAUUAAGGAGAGUAAGAGAGGAAA